AUGGCUAGAGGAUGCUCAGACGUGAAUGGUGUUCCAUAUAAGAUCUUCCACUGGACUCCGAGUUUUAAUGAAGAAGAUGAACCCCUGUUCGUCCCUGUUUGGCUUACACUACCUGGACUACCUCCGAAUUACUUCCAAACAUCCAUGUUGAAGAGUUUUGGUGAUGGUUUUGGCCGAUUCUUGAAAUGUGAUAAUCCUACGUUAAAACAGGGGCAUUCGGAAGGCUCCUGCAAAUCGAAAAGUCAGUAUAAUUUGAAGGGGAAAAAGAAAGUGGAUUCAGUUGCCAAUGGGAAGGGGUUAGAGACCAAAGUAUGGAAGGUGGUAGGGGAGAAGAAAACAGAAGAGAAAGUGCAGCCUCAAGCUCUCUUGGAGGAGAAUGGGAUGAAGAUGACUGAAGCCAUUCGGCUGAUGGAACCGGAGGAAGAACGUGUAGCGGAACAGAAUGUGUAUAGGGACCAAUCGGCUGGAAAGUUGUCUUGGUAUGAGGAAGCUGAAAAUCUGGGUGAAAAGGAAGAGGGUGAUGAUUUGGUAGAAAUCUGUGGGUCCCCUAGAAGCUUUCUAAAGCUGAUUGAUGAAGCUCUUGAAGGAGAAGUUUGCUACAAUGCUAUAGGUAAUGAUAAUUGCUUACGGUAUCCUUUUUUAGCACAUUCUUUGACUGAUAAUGAUAAUGAGGAUGAGAUUGAAGAAUUGGCUACCAAGUGUUAUGAGUCGGAUAUGAUGGCUCAAGCUCUCUCAGGUUGGUUCUCUCUUGGUAAUUCUAGAGUGUUGGCUACUUUUAUUUAUGCAAGUUGUUUUCAAGAACAACGUCGGGUCCUGUGGUCUUAUCUUCAGGAUUUAGAUGGUGGUGAUAAUAUACCAUGUUUUCUUGGUGGGGAUUUUAAUAUUAUCCAGUCGGAAGGUGAGAAAAUUGGUGGAGUUUGUCAGUCUUCUCGGGGGCGGGAUGAGUUUAAUAGUUGUAUUCAAGAUUGUAGUCUUGUUGAUCUUCCUUUUUCUGGUAAUCGUUUUUCUUGGUGUAAUGGGAGGUUAGGGGGUGGAAGAAUUUGGGCUCGGCUUAAUAGAGUGCUGGUGAAUACUGGUUUUCUAUCCAGUUUUCCUAACAGUUGUUUGAUGUAUCUUCCUCGAACCUCGUCUGAUCAUUGCCCUAUGGUUACCUCUUUAUGGGUUGAUAGGAGGGUUGGUCCUACACCUUUUCAUUUUCAAAGAAUGUGGUGUUUGCAUGAGGAUUUUUUAGGUGUGGUAAGUGAGUGUUGGAGGCAAGAAUUUCAAGGAUGCCCGAUGGUGAAAUUUAGUAGAAAAUUAAAAAAAUUAAAACAAGUGUUGAAGAAAUGGAAUAGGGAGGUCUUCGGUAAAGUGGAAGUAGAUCUUAAAGUCAUUGAAGAGGAGCUCCUUGUGUUGGAGAAUAAUGUACAGCAAAAUUAUACUCAAGAUAUGGAAGUUGAACUUUUGAGAUGUAAGCAAAAGCAUCUCCAAUAUUUGCAUAGAGAGGAGAUUAUGGGGUGUCAAAAAUCCAGAGUUAAGUGGAUUUGUGAAGGUGAUGAAAACACAGCUUUCUUUCAUGCUUCUCUUAGAUGUAAAAAGAAAUUUAAGGCUUUAGAGAGUAUGAUUCUUGAAGAUGGUAGUGUUCUUGAAUCCGGUGAAGCAGUCCUUGAGGGGGCUGUUGAUUUCUUCCAGCAGCAAUUAACCAUGUCGGCAGUGUCUUUUGAGGAGCCUGGUAUGAAUCUUAUAACUUCUAUUAUUACUGAGGAUGAUAAUCAAUUUCUUUGCAGAGUUCCAAAUUUGAUGGAGGUUAAGGAGGCGCUUUGGUCGAUCCCACAAGAUAGUAGCCCAGGGCCUGAUGGGUUUUCUACUAGUUUUUUCCAUCAUGCCUGGGAUAUUAUCAAAGAAGAUUUAUUGAUGUUGGCAAUUGAAUUCUUUGAGGGUAAGCCUUUAACUACGUUCUUUGGUGCCACCAAUAUUGUGUUAAUACCGAAAGUGGAUGACCCAAGGGGUUUUUCGCAAUUCAGGCCUAUCAGUUUAUGCUCUGUUGUUUAUAAAAUUUUAUCCAAGGUUCUGGUGAAUAGGUUGGAACCAAUUAUGAAGAAAAUAAUCUCUAAGGAACAAUCAGCCUUUAUUAAAGGCCGAAGCAUUUUUGAUAAUAUUUCUAUCGCUCAAGAAAUGGUUCAGAGUAUGAACAAGAAAGUGAGAGGUGGUAAUGUUAUGAUUAAAAUUGAAAUGGCAAAGGCGUAUGACAGGGUAAAUUGGCGGUUCUUGUUGGAGGUGAUGAGGAGGUUGGGUUUCUCAUAUCAUUGGAGGGGCCUGAUUUUUAAUUGUAUCUCUUCUCCUAUGUGUUCGGUGAUGCUUAAUGGUUCUUUGAAGGGCUUUUUCAAACCUUCCCGUGGUAUUAGGCAAGGGGAUCCCCUAUCGCCUUAUCUUUUCAUUUUAUCUCAAGAAUUGCUUUCUCGUAUGAUUAAUGUUGAUUUUCAACAGGAAAGAGUAAAGCCUUUUAAUUCUAAUGGAGGUACUCUGAUCUCUCAUUUGUUUUAUGCUGAUGAUGUGCUAAUUUUUUCAAAUGGGGGUAAAAGAUCUCUCCUGCAGAUUAUGAAGACUUUGCAAGCGUACCAAUCUAUGUCUGGGCAAAUGGUUGAGAAAGGAGGUCUGGGUAUUCGGAACCUACAUGAUGUGCAAAGGUCUCUUUUCAUGAAAUUUGCUUGGAAACUGUUGGAGGGGAAUUCGGUGUGGGCAAAAUUCUUUCUGAGGAAAUAUGUGGCUGAUAAGCACCCUAUGGCUCUUUAUAAUUCCACAGGUUCAAGAUUUUGGAAAGGUAUUUUAUCUGUGAUGCCGAUUGUGCAACAGAAUUCAUGUCUUUUGAUUAAAAGUGGUGCUUGUAAUUUUUGGUUUGAUAAUUGGUUGGGGGAUGGGGCCAUUGCUAAUACAGAAGAGAUUAGUGCCGAUGAGAAUUUAUUGGUGGCUAAUAUUUUAAAUAGUUCUGGAUGGGAUGUGGUCAAAUCGCGUUUGCUGGUGUCGGAAGAGAUGGUUGAGAAAAUAAUUGCUUCGUCAAUUCAUAUCUCAGGUGGUUCAGAUGUGCGCAUUUGGAAGCCUAAUCCGGAUGGUGGCGGAGGGGUUAUUAGAGAUCAUGAUGGUCGAGUGUUGGCAGGUUUUGCUAUUCAUUAUGGGCAAGUCUCCAAUAAUGUUGCUGAGGGGAGAGCUUUACUGGAUGGGUUAAAGUUGGCAUAA